AUAAAAGCCUCUAUCCCUCUUCACUUUGGGGUCCUCAGAAAAUGUCUCGUCACCCACUCGGAGCUGCUCUCCCGGCGCAAACCGGACUCCUCAUUCCGAUCAAAAACGCCGCCGUUCUGAACCUCAAAACCGCCCCCACCUCUCCUCUACUCUCUCUCACCCAAACCCGUAAACCCUGCCCUGCAAUAAGGGCAGUCUCAAUCGAUGAAAUUCCCCCAAAUGCCCUCCGCCGGAAGCGCGACUCCAACUGGAGAGGAGGCUUCAGCGUAGGGGUAGACUUGGGAUUGUCCCGCACCGGCCUCGCCCUCAGUAAAGGCUUCUCCGUCCGUCCCCUCACCGUGUUGAAUUUGAGAGGGCAGAAGCUUGAGGUUAAAAUCCUUGAGAUUGCAAAGCAAGAGGAGGCUGAUGAGUUUAUAAUCGGGCUUCCGAAAUCGAGUGAUGGGAAAGAGACACCUCAGUCUAACAAAGUUCGUAGUGUCGCCGGGAGACUUGCUGCUACUGCUGCUGAGAGGGGUUGGAGAGUAUACCUGCAGGAUGAAAAUGGGACAUCCAUCGAAGCCAUGGAUCGAAUGAUUAACAUGGGCCUCAGCAGGUCUGAUCGUCAAAGCAAAAUUGAUGCCUACGCUGCCAUGAUGGUGCUGGAGCGAUAUUUUUCCAUGUCAGGUGAAGGAACUGAGCUUGUACUGCCCAAGAAUUUGGAUCUGCAAGACAGACUUCGAAGAGGUCCACCCAAAGACGUUGAUUACUUCUCUGAAGACGAUGAGGAUUGACUAUUCACUGUAACUGUAAAACGCCGAGUCUUUUUAAUGUCUUUGGUGUAUUCAGUCAAAAGGAGCAUAUACAAGAGAGAAGUGGCAAUCAUUUUGCAAACCAGGUUGCAAAGAGUCUUUUGUUUAUUAAUUGACGCUCAGUCCACCAUGUGAGUUCCAAAGAAGCAAUCACUUGGAUGCGCCGCAGUUGCAAGAAAUCAGUAGCAGUGAUCAAUUGAGCAGUAUGCAAAUAAUACUCUCUCUUUUGGUCUGAAUGAUUCAUUGAUUAAGCCUGAAAGCUUAGCAGUAUGCAAAUAUGGAAACCUGGUUGUAAAUAUUGCAUUAUGCAUGUAGUAAUUGUCUAAUUGAUGUUCAUUUUUCUUGUCUCA